CUCUCUGGCGGAUGUGAGUUGACCGUGGUCCUCCAGGACUUCAAUGCAGGCCACAGCAGCGAGCUGACCAUCCAGGUGGGACAGACGGUGGAGCUGCUGGAGCGGCCCAGCGAGCGGCCGGGCUGGUGUCUGGUCCGCACCACGGAAAGGAGCCCCCCGCAAGAGGGCCUGGUUCCCAGCAGCGCCCUGUGCAUCUCCCAUUCCCGAAGCAGCGUGGAGAUGGACUGCUUCUUCCCCCUGGUGAAAGAUACAGCUCCCCGGUCCUUUGAAGUGUCCACUGGAGAAACUCGUGGUACCAGGAAGAGAUGGGUGAAACUCAGGAAUGUGGUUCUGUUUGAAGUCUAACCAAAGGGAAACUGGGACCCAAAGGGGCUAGAAGUGUGAGGGUGAAUGAUGCAAUAUACACAAAACAUUUAGAACAGUGCCUGGCACGCGAUGCGUGGUAGUUGUCAUGAUAAGUGAUAGUUAUUCCAUUUUUUGCCAUCGAUUCUUCAGCAAAAUAGCUACCAACUCCCACACAUCCAGUCUAGAGACUCCCAUCUUUGGAGACAAAACCAAGGAUGGCACUUCCUUUGCUGGGGAGGGCUAACUUGUCAUAGAUCUCUGGUGUGCGUUGUUCAUCAGGAAGGACUUACCUUGCAGAGAGGAGCUGAGACUUUCUGACAAAGGCCCAGCCUCUCCAGCCUGUGGCUGGGUAGGAUAUGCAUGCCUUCCUUGCCCCUGACCAUCUGGGACCCUACCACUUGUGGCAGGAGCAAACGCACAGUGGAGAGGCAGAGAGCAGUCAGAGGGGAUCUGUGAUCCAGAGGCAUUCAGGGUGAGAACUCUAGAGGGAGAGGGAUUAGUGGAGGGUCAACUGCGAAAUGGACACUAAGGAGGAGGGAUGGAAUAUAGAAGCAAGAGAGAAAGUGGAGAGGGAGACCAGCAUGGA